ACCAAUAGACGAAAAGGUUGUUGCGGGGUUGGAAGAACGCAGCCCGGCAGGGUUUCUAUUGCAGCACCGGCGAUCAUUGUUUGGAGCGGCGGGGAACCAUGAGGGGCGAUCGAGGCAGAGGCCGUGGCGGACGCUUUGGUUCCAGGUUCCGGCCCUUUGUGCCGCACAUCCCCUUUGAUUUCUAUGUCUGUGAAAUGGCUUUCCCCCGUGUAAAACCUGCUGCUGAUGAGACUGCGUUCAGUGAAGCCUUGCUGAAGAGAAACCAGGAUCUUGCUCCAACUGCUGCUGAACAGGCUUCCAUUCUUUCCCUGGUGACCAAAAUAAAUAAUGUGAUUGACAAUUUAAUUGUAGCACCAGGAACAUUUGAAGUGCAAAUCGAGGAAGUUCGCCAGGUGGGUUCCUACAAGAAGGGCACCAUGACGACAGGGCACAACGUGGCCGAUCUGGUUGUGAUUCUGAAAAUCUUACCCACCUUGGAAGCUGUGGCAGCCUUGGGAAACAAAGUUGUGGAAAGCCUGAGAGCACAGGACCCCAGUGAAGUCCUGACCAUGCUGACCAACGAGACUGGCUUUGAGAUCAGCUCGGCCGAUGCAACGGUGAAGAUCCUUAUCACCACAGUGCCGCCCAAUCUCCGCAAGCUGGACCCCGAACUACACUUGGACAUCAAAGUACUGCAAAGUGCCCUGGCUGCCAUCAGACAUGCUCGCUGGUUCGAAGAGAAUGCUUCACAGUCCACGGUGAAGGUCUUAAUCCGGCUGUUGAAAGACCUGAGAAUUCGAUUCCCUGGCUUUGAGCCCCUCACGCCCUGGAUUCUGGACCUGCUGGGGCACUAUGCUGUGAUGAACAACCCCACCAGGCAGCCCCUGGCUCUCAACAUCGCCUACAGGCGCUGCCUUCAGAUCCUAGCCGCAGGGCUCUUCCUUCCUGGAUCUGUUGGUAUCACUGAUCCCUGCGAGAGCGGAAACUUCAGAGUCCACACAGUUAUGACCCUCGAACAGCAGGUGAGCUGCCUUGUCCCCUGCAGGAGAAGGGACUACAACCUGUCCACACUCUUAGACUAUUCCCACCCCCACAGGACAUGGUGUGCUACACUGCGCAGACACUUGUCCGGAUUCUCUCUCACGGAGGCUACAGGAAAAUCCUUGGCCAAGAGGGUGAUGCCAGCUGUAAGUGGGGUCUGUGCAACACGUGGGUCUUUCUCCAUGCAGGCUGUCAAUGUCUUGGUGGGUAAAUGGGACUGGUUUUCUGUGUUGCUGGAGAAAGUUAAGGGCUUCAAGGAGAAACGACUCAAUAAACCCCAGAGCAGUGGGGAGGUGAAGCUGGCGAGGUGGGGUGUCGUGCUUCCCCCUGCCUGUCCUGGGGCUCGUCCGUGCUGCUCAGGGUUACCCAAGACUGUUUUUGCAGACCUGGCUUCUGAAAUGUCCACGUGGGAUGGAGUGAUAGUGACGCCUUCUGAGAAGGCUUACGAGAAACCUCCAGAGAAGAAAGAAGGAGAGGAGGAAGAAGAGAAUCAGGAAGAACCUGCUACAGGCGAGGAGGAGGAAAGCAUGGAAACGCAGGAGUGACUCAUGCAGGUAAAGCUUGUUGGUACUGCUGCCUGGGAGAAGGCAGCUCUGGACAGGGCAGGGAACGGUUUGGGCUGCCUCCACCCUGGGGCAGUGCUCCCUCCCUCGGCAGUCUGUCUUUUCCCCUUGCAGUGGGACUCCCCACCGCUGGGUGCCGCUGGCUGAAGGACGUGAAGAAUCGAGUAGAGGACUAAGCCCAUCCUCAGUGAACACAACCAGCUGACAUGACCUGUCCCUUGUAUGUGUUUUUAUAAGUUGCACAUUAAAGUGUUCCCCCCUUUUGAGUGCAUCCUGUUUGUUUAGGUAGAAAAUGCGCAUUAUAGAAGGGAGCCAGAAAAAGGUCUAACAGCAGGAGGGGGUUCCAGAACUUGAAGAGCCCCAUCUGGGCAUGCUAAACCCCACACCUGUGCUCUCUGCUGGCAGCACGUGCUUAGUUCUGCUUUUCCCCAGGCACAUCAAUGUCACGCUGUGGCUGUGAUGUGGGAGUGUUACAGACUCACAA